AUGAAACUAGCUGGUGAUAGUAAACUAACCAAUGAUGAUAAGGUCACCGCUGUUAUAAAGGCCUACCUUGAGGUUAAGAACACCUAUUACCAAAUGCUCAUCCGUUAUAGGAUCCAAAAGAAGGCCGAACCAUUUUACAGUGCGGCCAAUGCACUUAAAGAUGCUGCUAAGGCUCAGACUAGUCAACCACAAACUCCACUUGGAAAACUUCAAGGUGCUGCCGGUCCUGAAAUGGAUACUCUAGUUCGUACAGCCGAAACUCUUAAAGGUAUUGAGCUAGGUACAGAUGACUCUAACAUCGUACAGAAGUACCUUGCUGUGGCAGACGAAUAUGGAAAACUGUCAUCCAAGAAAGAGUUCAAAGACGCAUCAAGUGAACGUGAGGUUCAAGAAGUCACCAAAGCAUUUGAGGCCCUUCAGAAUUCCUAUGUAAAUGUCAUUAGACUUAGGGUCCAAGAAUUAGCAAACCUGGCCGAAACCCUUAAAAAUAAAGCCACUGAAGCUAACAGUGUUUCUGGACUUGAUGGUAAAGCCACUGCUCUCAGAGAUGCAGCCAGUCAAGAUCAAAAUGGCCUAAAACAGAAAGCAGACUUACUGGUUAAAGCUAUCAAUUCCGGUCAACCUACCUAUGAAAAGGCCACUGAUGUCAUAAAACAAUUCGUCAAGGUCAAGGAAGCAUAUGAAGCACUAGAAAACCAAGCUAAAUACCAACAGCUACUAGACAAGGCCAAAGAACAAAUAGCAGAAGGUCAACCACUAUCAGAUGGUGAUGAACAAAAUGUCAAAAACGUUGAUGAUGCCUACAACGAUCUCAAGAAACUAUAUGACAAGAUUCUAAAGUUUGCAAAGGUCAAAUACUACUCCGAACAACUACACAGUGCAGCCAGUGGUGGUAAUGCGGAGAAUGUCAUUAAUAACUUCAAUUCACUAGUUGAUUCCUACAGUAAACUAGGUACUAAUAAGUCCAUAGUUAAAACUCAAUUCACUGAUCUUCAGAAAGUGUAUUCUGAAGCUAUAUAUUUUUAUAAGAAAUGUGUCCUGGCAUGGACCUCCAUAAUUACGAAUUGGUUAAACUUCCUGACAUUUGUAAUCCUGUUGAUAGUUUUUGUUACUGGUGGUGAUGAUCCAGGACGUAGCGGUUGUGAAGGAACUGCUUCUGCUGCUCCUCAGACUAUCAAUAGUGUUAAACUAGCCAUCUCAGGUAGUACCCAUACAAUAACCCUCAGUGAUGGUGGCAACACUAAUGGUACUCUAACCCAUACCAGUGAGAAGGCUAUCACUCUCAAGGGCAGUGGUACUGGUACCCUAACCAUCAAACUUCCUGGUGGUGAAAUAAAACUCACCCAACUAACCAUCAGUGGUAAUACUCUGACCAUCAAAAACGGUUCUAGGGUAUCUGUUACCAAAGAUGAUGAUACGAAAAUUAAACUCCAACAAUCCGGAGGUGCUACCCUUAAUAGCAACCAACUGACUCUCGAAAAAGAUGAAGAUGGUGGUCGAGAUGCUGCCAACAUCUCUGGUCAAAGUACUGUUACUCUAGAUUACGGCACUGGGGGUGGACAUAUCACAAUCAAUGGUAGUGCCAUCAGUGAUCUCAGGAAAUACGAACCAUCUUUAUCACCACAAUACUUCGACGGUGCUACUACUUUCAGAUUCAAGAAAUGGUCUGAAUACCCUGCUGGCAAGUUCUAUCUUGGAUUUAAUAUCCUGAUGGUUAUUAAGAUAUCUCUUGCAGGUAUAUUCAUAUACUCACUUCAUUAUAAAGACUCUAACAUUUCUCGUGCUAUCGUUAACCAACCCAAGAUGUCCACAGCACUCAGUAUUUUAUUUUAUAUGUGUCAUGGAAGUCAUUGA